AAAUUUCAUUUCAUUCAUUGUUUGCACUAGCUAGUAGUAUUGAGUAAUUUGUGUGAAUUGUUGUAGGUAUUUGCUCUUUCAUUAAACGAUUACGUUAUCUUUUCGUAUAUUUCAACUGCAGCGAUUCGAUUCAGUUUUCGGUUCGACUCAACGACGAAGGACGCUCAAUUAGUGCAAGUGUUUACGGCCAAAUCAUGCAUAUAAACAGUGGAACUAAACAAAUAAUAUUCUUCGUGCUGGAAGAAUGGAAGCUUAUUUUAUUUCUGACCCUAAUUUUCAGUCUGUACAUGUAUUACACAAGUACAUUUGAAUUCUUUGAACAAAAAGGGAUCAAGUUCAUGAAGCCGUAUCCUGUAGUAGGUAAUUUGGGCUCUCGGAUGAUGGCAAAAAAAUCGUUUCAUGAAUUUCAAUAUGAGAUCUACAACUUUUUUAAAGGCAAUCCUUACGGAGGUAUAUUUGAAGGAAGGAGACCAUGUCUGUAUGUGUUGGACCCAGAGCUGAUCAAAGCAAUUACAAUAAGAGAUUUUGAACAUUUUGUUGAUAGAAACACUUUAAAUAGUAAUGAACCAAGAUACUUAAGCCAAUCUCUUCUUAAUUUAAAGGGUUCGGAAUGGAAAGGAGUUCGAAGCACUCUAACCCCAGCAUUCAGCUCUGCCCGGUUAAAGAACAUGCUGCCUUUGAUUGAGGUGUGCACAGAACAAAUGGUUCAGUUCUUGAAGCAGUAUGACAAACAGGAUGUUGAAAUGAAGGACACUAUGGGGCAUUUUACGCUGGAAGUUAUAGGUGCAUGUGCCUUUGGCAUCAAAUGCGAUGCUUUGACCAAUGAAAAUGCUAAUUUUAUAAAGAUAGCAGAAAAAUUCAACUAUAUGUCCAAGUCUAAGAGGAUGAUGAUAUUCUUUUUCCUAAUAUUUGCACCAAAAAUGUUGAGGUAUUUUAAUAUAUCUUUCAUGAACGAAGAAAGUACAAGAGAAUUAGUCACAAUACUGAAAGCUGCUAAAAAAGAAAGGAGAUCGGGUGAUUACAAGAGAAAUGAUUUCUUGCAGCUGCUCAUAGACGGAGCCAAUAAAGAAAAUAUUGAUGCGGACGGCACAAAAUCAGGAACAUUGCUAGAUGACGACACGAUCGACGCGCAAUCUUUGCUGUUUCUCAUAGCGGGUUACGAAACGUCGAGCACGUUACUCUCAUUCGCCAUUCACAUGCUGGCUACCAAACCAGAUAUCCAAGAAAAGCUUCGUGCUCAUGUCACGGAGCUUACAGAGGGAAAGGAGAUGUCUUACGAGCUGCUGUCGCAGAUGUCUUAUUUAGAAGGUUUUUUGCUGGAAACGUUACGAUUGUUCCCACCCGUCGCCCGAGUUGACAGAGUUUGCACCAAGAAAUACACCCUACCUGGAACACCAGUAGAAAUCAACGUCGGUGACGUGGUCGCUAUACCAGUGUACGGGAUCCACACGGACCCUGACAUUUACCCACAACCAGAGGAGUUCAGGCCAGAGAGGUUUAUCGGGGAAGAGAAGAAGAAUAGACCGGCUCACUUGUUCCUGGCCUUUGGGACUGGGCCAAGGAAUUGCAUAGGUCUACGAUUCGCCAUGUAUUCUGCAAAAUUGGCUAUGGUUUCGCUUUUGAAAAACUUCAAGUUUACCACAUGCCCGAAGACUAAGGAUCCAAUUAAAUUUGACAAGAGGGGUUUCUUGCUAAAGGCAGAUUUGUGGGUCCGCAUUGAAUCCCUGUGAAUUUUAUGUUCUGUAUGGGAAUAUGGAGUUAGGUUAAUUUGUUUUUGAUAUGGUUACGGCAAACUAUUAAAAAAAAACAAAGAGUAAGCCUCUAGUACAUUUGUAGGUAUAAUUUUUGAUACUGGUUUGAAUGGUGCGCCUACAAUUUGUAACGCCAGAGAUAUUAUCAUUUAUCAUGAUGGGAUUAUUCGCACUAGUUACCACCAAGUUGUUACCAGUGGGAAUUUUUUUCGCCAUCUUUUACUAUAACUAUUUAUUAAAGCACUCUUUAUUUAUACUUUACUAUUUCUACUGUUUUUAUUAGUAUUGAACUCUAACAAAAUUUUGGUGGUAACUACUGGGAAAAUCCCAGUAGUUACCACCAAAUCGAGUUGGUGGUAACUAGUGGGAAUUUUUUUCCCAGUAGUUACCUCUGGUAAAAGGUGGGAAAAAAAAUCCCAGUAGUUACCACUGGUAACAACUUGGUGGUAACUAGUGGGAAUAACCCAUCAUGAUGCAAGGAGAUUACACCUUUCAUAUGUUUUUAAGUUGAUGCAGUCGCCAGCGUAUAAGGCCGCGUAAAACUCACAGUAAGGGUACACAUGACAGAUAUAUUUAAUGAAAAGCAUGGUCGGUUGAAAGCUACGCCAAUCGUGCACAGCGCAUCAUAGUGAAUCUUGACGCAUUGCACGAAGGUUGAUAUUGGGCUGUAGCGGCCCGCCUAAAUUGACGUCUCGUCUCUCGUCAGCUUUUAUUUACGUAAUAAAACACUGCAACAUAGGUAAGACAGGUAUAGGCAAAAAGUGUAAGACUUGCGUUUAUUGUGUAUUUGCAAUAUUUACAUAGAGCAUAAUAUUUGAGAACUGUUUAUCUUGCCAAGAUUAAUUUACAAUGUGAUACGGAAAUGAGCCCAGGGCCCAUACAUUUCAUGCCGUUGACGCAAAAACGUUGACGUAAUUUACAUACAGGGAGAUUUUUAUAACACUACAAAUUUUGCUAACUAACCUAGCUAUUGACGCGUAGAAAAAUAAAUAUUUAUUUCGUAAAAUACACUGUUAAAAAUACGUAUUAUUUAAUAAAGUAACAAUCUAUUAUUUGCUUGAGUGACAAUCUAUACUGAUUGCCAAGUGUGGAGGUUGAUACUAAUAAUAUUUAUUUUUCCCUCUUAGGUACUUAGUAAAUUAUGAAAGUAUGACCUUUUUUAAAAUAUUUUAUUAUGUACACGAUUUAUGUAUUAUGAAUUGUAAUUUAUUCCGUUUUGAUGAAUUUUGCAAUGAAGAAUCCUAUUGUGUCUUUAUAUAUGGGAUGUUUAGUUGGCCUAAGACAAUCAUCUUCGGGUCCAAAUCUUUGUAGCAUUGCUCUGUAACAAUAAUAGUUACCAUAAAUAAAUAAAAACAUGUGCCAUUCCUUAGCAAAAUGUACCACUUUGGCGGUUGUUAAUACGGUACUAUAAACAUAUAAAUUGCAUGGUAUCUUUUACCUGAUUGUUUUCAAUGUGAUAGUAUGUGAUAAAUGACUGUACAUGAGUAUGUCAUAUAACGUAUUUAUAUAAUGCUCAAAAGUACGUAAAAGGAGCCUUAUUUUGAGUACAAUAGAGUACAAAUUUCAAGUUACAUAUUAUUUAUAUGAGAUAGUUGAAAGGUCCAUCUUACGUAUCGAGAUUAAUUUCAGUUUUAUAGGUAAAGAGUUUAUUUUAGAUUUAAAAUGCCAUAGAUAAAUGUGAUGACAUUGUUUUUAUAACAAUACUUACAUCAUUUGGAUACUCGUAGUUACAAAAUGUACAGUAUUGGUAGUACUCAUUCAACUCAAUUAUUAUUAAAUUACAGUUUACUAGUUCAUGAGGCAAAUACAACUAUUAAAUCACAUUUUUCUAGUUUACAAGACAAAUAUCUUCUAAAGUUUAUUGAAGUUAAUGUAUUUUUACAUGGGUUUAAUAAAGAAUGGAACAUA